AUGUCAAAAAAACGCAAACUCCACCAAUUAACGGGACAAAUUAAAGAGAUUGCGGUUCACAGUCUCUUUAACCCCACUAAACAAACGCUGUAUGCUUUUCCUAAUUUAGUCUCCAAAGAGAUUUUAAAGUUCAUACCAAUGAUUAAAAACUUUUACGACAAGUACAGCCAGGCUACUUUUGAAGCCGAAAAAUUAAAAGACGUUCCCAAACAAUUUCGUCAUAUUGCCAAAAGAGUUUGGCAAAAAUUAGACAUUCUUGAGGCUGCUCCUAACCCAAAAAUUUGCGAAGCGCUAUUAGGUAAAAAGAAUUACGAGCCUUUAAAAGGUGAUCGCAAGGCCAUCACCCUAUCCCGAGCUAUUCAUCCUGGAGAAAUCCUAAAAGCAGAAUUGUUAACUCCGCGAGGCAUUAGUCAAGCCGAAUUAGCUCGCAGCAUUAAUGUUUCGGUACGCCGAGUUAAUGACAUCUGUCAAG